AAAAUAGAGUAUUAGCCCAAGAGAAAGAGGAAGUAAGCGUACUUUGUCACUCGAUACAAAUUUAGGAGUCGGACGCCCCAACGGAAUGCUUACAGGCUAAGCAAAGAGUUAUCGCAUGAUCCCUUCUUCCUUUCAGUUUUUAAACAAUGGGGUGGGAAAGGAAUGGAAUGUGAACGAAGCGAUCGCCGGCUAGAAAGGGGAGGAAAAGAAUAACGAACGGAAACAGAAGAUGGGAGUGCUCUCCAACAAAGUGCAGAGAGAAGAUCUUAAGCCAGGCGAUCACAUUUACUCCUGGAGGCACGGCUACGUCUACUCCCAUCAUGGUAUAUAUGUUGGAGAUGGAAACGUAAUCCAGUUCACUCGUGGAGCAGGCCAGGAAAUCGGCACUGGAUUAUUCAUAGACCACAUAAUUUUCUCAUCUCUAUCACGUUCUUCUGAUAGCCCGUGCCCAAACUGUGGCGACCAAUCUAGCCUGGAUGGUGUCAUUAGAUCCUGCCUCGACUGUUUUCUCUGGGGCGGUGAGCUCUAUCUUUUCGAAUAUGGAGUCUCACCAACUUUCUUCUUAGCCAAGGCUAGAGGUGGGACGUGCACUCUCGCUGCCGCUGACCCUCCUGAAGAUGUCCUCCACCGGGCAUCCUUCCUUCUCGAGAAUGGGUUUGGCGGGUACUGCCUUUUCAGGAACAACUGCGAAGAUUUUGCAAUCUACUGUAAGACUGGACUGAUUGUGUUCACCAGCAUCAGUGUUGGGAGGAGUGGACAGGCAGCGUCUUUCAUCGCCGCUGCGAGUAGUGUACUUUCAUCGCCACUUCGGUUCUUGACUACCAGCUUCAGUGGUCUAGCGGUUGUGGGUUUGUGUAUGUACAGCAUUAGCAGGUUGGUGUCAGACAUUGGGGUGCGACGCGAUGUGAAAAAGAUCCCCGUCGAGAGGCUUGUUGCUGCGGACUGCAGUUCAGAGUCUUCAGUUGAGCCGCCAGAAGCAGUUCCACCGCUGCCUGCCAAAGAAAAGGAGACAUGAAGAUGAUAAAAACACAGACAUUUGAUAAGGUCUGUCAUGUUUGAGCUGGAGGUUGUGACUUUUAUUUUAUGAUCAUUAUGUGUGUCCCGAAUUGUUAAACCCUUUUGUUAAGCAACCAGGCCAACACUCUGCAGUCUGCACCCGGCUGGUUUGCUUCCUGCCUUUGGUUAUUGUUUUGCUUGUGUGAAGUUGGACAAUAUCGAGUUCGUUUCGCCGGCUGAUGAGUGAUGAGUGACAGCGUUGUCUGAAAUCUGUAACUUUAUUACUGUUUUUGUUCAUUCAACCUCUUCAACCUUUAGCAAACCCGACGAAAUCUUGCUGUUAUUACUUAUUCCCCACUGAAACGUGUUGAGCUUGCUAAUAAGUAGAACCCAAUGAAGCAGAAUACUACAUCCUUUUAAUUGUAUCCAAUCAGCCAGUUGGAUAAGUUGGAGUGCAAUGUUCGUAAUGAGAGACUCAAGGGACCUUGUGUUCUAUCCAUGCAACAUAACACUUUUUAAGUUUCAAGAAUAUCCAACAGUUAUCACAGAAACGGAUAAACGUAUAUGCUGCAUGAAAUACCCUGAGACACGUUAAAGAGAUUUGACAAUAUAACAAAGAGCAUCUGAUGUUCUGCAUAUCACUACCAAUCACCAGGUUAAACAAAAAUGAUACCGUUCUCUUUAAUGGCAUCGAUAACAAUCCCCAGCUUGCCCUCAAUCCUCUCGUUCUUUCUCGGUUCAUAUGACAUUACAUAUACAUCGGCUUCUUUUGAUCUCUCUGCUAUGAGCUCGCCAAUAAGUCUACAGGCAUGGUGAUCUGUGAGGGAGGGCAAACUGUUCCUAAGGUCCUUGGAGUUGGUGGUGGCAACAGAUAUUACUUUGCUUGUCCCCCGGUGCAUCACUUUGGCGUGGACAAAUCUCUUUGAAAAGAACACGUUCAGCAAGAAGGGCCUCAUGUACAUGUCAGUCCUCUGUUUCCAUGACUUCUUGUUUGGUUGCUUUGCCAGCUCACCACGAGAUCUCCUCGUCCACGCAGCUCGAACGAAAGGACUGCAUGAAUUCUACAAAAGACAUGAUUCGUCAACAGUUCUCUCUUUAGCAAGCAGGUAGCCAACAGAUGACAGAAGGUGAAUGAAACAUAGUCAACAACAGGCAACAGCAAUGGUCAAGAGGAAAGGGUAACCUCAUCAUAAUCAGUUAAUCACAGAACUACUCGUACCCCGAGAUGCUCAAUUUUGAACAUCCUAAUACAUAUGAAUCGAAAUAGACAUUAGGAACGUCACACCUGCCUAACAGACUUGAAUUGCACCGCAAGAAACGUUAUGGUCCUAAACUGGUGACACACCCUAAUCUUGCUUAAAGCAUUUCUUGAUCAAGAGGAGGGUACACUUAACAUACAGUGCUGCUUACACGAUCUCUUGUUCAUUAGAGUUGGUCCAACAAAAGGUCCCCAGACACUCCAAACCCAACUAAGCCGACGGGCUGCCUAGAGAACGUGCAAACAGGAAUAUCGACUUCUUACGUAUAACGAUCUUCCUCAUAUAGGGCAAUUAUUGCAAGAGAGGAACAGCUGAGAGACAGCUUCAAGCUGCUAAUCGAUUAGAAUGAUUUUAACUCCAUCUAAAGCUCAUUCACAAAGUGGAAUCUAGAACUGCGCUUGAGCGUCGGCAAGAUUAUUUCAAGCAUCAAGUCCUCUGGAGGAAUUCAUCACUGAUCAUCAUCAGAUACUCUAUCAUUAACAGCACCUUACCUGAAUCUAGAAAUGGAGGAACAAGUUGUUGAACAGGGCUAAAAAAUGAAGAUAGGGCUCGUUGCAUACAUCCAUGGUUCAACAUCCACGACAGCUAACCCCAGUGAGAUAAAUUGAAUACAAUAGGAUGCAGCACGAGUCUAAAUUACCAAAUCAGCCGAGGAUUUUGCCAAUUAUGUUCAACAAUCAGAAAAAUUAGCCAGUGCAAGUGCCUCCCAAAACCAUUACUUGUUAUUGGAGGAAGGCGAAGGGUGUACCGGUGAGUCGUUAGUGACGGACAAUUUCAGGGUGGGCAAAGCAGAAAACCAGGAGAGGGAAAUGGGUUUGAGCCGGCCAGCUGAGGUAUGCGGCGACAAGUCAGCAGACAUCACCGGCGAGGCUGCCGGUGGAAAGGCACAGGCAGAUAUUACCCACGACAUCCAGUCUCUGUUGAGUAGAUACCAGACAGAGACGCCGCCGCUGUGUGUUUUCAAGAGUUUAAGGGGGAUUUGGCCGGUGACUGCUGUUCGCUUGAAUUGUUUUUUUAGGGGAUUUAUGAAAAAG